AGAAAAGACUGAGGAGAAUGGCUGCCAGUGGAGACAUAGGCAAGCUGUUACAAGUACAGAAUGGGACUCCUGCAAACACAACCUACAGUGGGGUAGAUGCUGUUCAUGCCUGUAACAUCCUCCAGCAGCUCAAAGUCUUGUAUGAUGAAGCACAGCUCACAGACAUUGUCGUUGAAGUGGACCAUGGCAAGACAUUUUCGUGUCACCGAAAUGUCCUUGCAGCAAUUAGCCCUUACUUUAGGUCCAUGUUCACCAGUGGCCUUACAGAGAGCAGCCAGAGGGAGGUGCGGAUCGUCGGAGUGGAGUCUGAGUCCAUGCACCUGGUCCUUGACUAUGCCUACACGUCCAGAGUCACGCUGUCGGAGUCUAACGUCCAGGCCCUGUUCACGGCAGCCAGCAUCUUCCAGAUCCCAGCCCUGCAGGACCAGUGUGCCCAGUUCAUGAUCAGCCGCUUGGACCCCCAGAACUGCACCGGGGUCUACAUGUUCGCAGACGCCUACGGCCAUCAGGAGCUGAGGGAGCGCUCCCAGGACUACAUACGCAAGAAGUUCCUGUGUGUGGCGAGGGAGCAGGAGUUCCUCCAGCUUACCAAGGAGCAGCUGGUGAGCAUCCUGAACAACGAUGACCUGAAUGUGGAGAAGGAGGAGCACGUGUAUGAGAGCAUCGUGCGCUGGCUGGAGCACGACUGCUCCCACAGGGAGGCCCACCUGGCUGAGGUGUUCUCUCAAUGCAUCCGCCUGCCCCUCCUGGACGACUCCUUCCUCAGCCGCAUCCCACCCCCCUUCGCCUGCGCCCUCUCCAGGGACCCUGCUGAGUCCACGGCCCGUCUCAACGGCACCAACGGCUGCCCCCAGCGCCUGGGCAUGACCGCCUCUGAGAUGGUCAUCUGUUUUGACGCGGCACACAAACACUCAGGGAAGAAGCAGACCGUACUUUGCCUGGAUACCACUGCUGGGAAGGUGUUCAAGCUCUGCAAGCCCCCCAACGACCUGCGGGAGGUGGGCAUCCUGGUGUCAUCGGAGAACGACAUCUUCAUCGCCGGGGGCUACCGCCCUAGCAACAGCGAGGUGUCCAUCGACCACCGGGCGGAGAGUGACUUCUGGCAGUACGAGCACGCAGGGAACCGUUGGCUUGUGCGUUCGCCCAUGCUGCGGGCCCGGAUCGGCUGCAGGCUGGUCCACUGCUGCGGGAAGCUGUACGCCCUUGGGGGCCGUGUGUACGAGGGGGACGGGAGGAACGCACUGAAGUCAGUGGAGUGCUACGACGCCAGGGACAACUGCUGGACCGCCGUCAGCCAGAUGCCUGUAGCCAUGGAGUUCCACAGCGCUGUGGAGUACAGAGACCGCAUCUACAUCCUCCAAGAUGAAUACUUCUUCUGUUUUGACCCUCGUAAGGACUACUGGGGCCACCUGGCCCCCAUGAGUGUCCCCCGGAGCCAGGGCCUGGCUGCCUUACACAAUAAUUGCAUCUACUACAUCGCUGGCAUCUGCAGGAACCACCAGCGCACCUUCACUAUGGAGGUCUACGACAUCGAGCAGAACACCUGGGCCCGCAAGAGGGACCUUCCUUUCGACCAGGCCACCAGCCCCUACAUCAAGGCCCUGCUCCUCCACGGCAAGCUGCACCUGUUUAUCCGAGCCACGCAGGUCAUGGUGGAGGAACACGUGUUCCGUACCAGCAGGAAGAACUCCCUCUACCAGUACGACGACGAGGCGGACACAUGGACCAAAGUCUACGAGACGCCCGACCGCCUCUGGGACCUGGGCCGCCAUUUUGAGUGUGUGGUGGCCAAACUGUACCCACAGUGUCUUCAGAAAGUGCUCUGAGAGGGCCAUAGGGGACGGGUUCCCCCCUCAAGGAAGAGGGAGGGUGUGUGGUCCUGCUUGCCUUGUGCCUGGUACUGUCCUGUGUUUGCACCACAAGGACCGUUGAGUUUAGUCUUAAAGCGUUAAAGGUUCAACACAAUCAAAUGGGGGUGGUUUUAAAAGAUUGCAGUAUUUACGUUUUUUUUUCUCCAGUCGGAACCAAAUACUCACACUGAUACUUGUUUUACAGUAUAGUACAAUGAAUCAUAAGUGCAAUUAUCUUGUUUGCUUAUUUUUGUUGAGCCAUUUUGUUCCAUUUUAUUGUGUGGACCCCAGGAAGAGAAGCUGCGGCUUUCGCAAAGCAGCUGAUGGGGAUCCUAAUAAAAUACCAAUUUUAAAAGCAUAUAUAGGUUAGAGUUUUUACAAUUGAAAUGCAUGCAGUUGAGGGAUCAGAAUAUGAAGUGCCCUCUAGUUAUGGACAUACUACAUGAAAGCAUAAAGUGAGAAUGAUAUAUAUAUAUAUAUAAAUAACUAUAUAUAUAUAUAUAUAUAUAUAUAUAUAAAUAACUAUAUAGACUAUAUUAAUACGGGUAAGAUAAGCAGUGUUGCUCAUUGGUAGGGUGUUAGCUCAGAUUGAUGAGGUUUUGUGUCUUUGACUAGUGUAUGGAUUUUACAUGCUCAUUGCGCCCUACAGCAAGCUCGUCCUUGGAAGUGUUUAUUAGUUGUGUGUGUGAAGUGUGCUAGUGAUUUAGUUUUAUUUCCAUGUGUGGUAGAAGGCUGGUAUGAUGCAUAUUUUGUGAAACGUGUACUUUGCUUUCAAGAGAAGGCCUUAGUUGUGUCAACCAAUGUGCUAUUUGGCUUCGUUGCAGUUGGAUUUAUACUUUUUGCAUUCGUAGAUUAGCUUCCCACUCGGAGCCGGCAUCCAUAUUGUUGUAACGAGUGUCACAUGCCAAGACAACUUAAGAGAAGUUAGACUAUUCACUCUCCACAUUGGAGAAACAAGCAUGGUGUCAGAUGUGUGUGUGGCUGGCCAAGAUAAGUGAGACAUUUCGAACCAGGCAACAGUUUGCUUUGAUAGCAACUCAACAGAAGUCAGAUAAGGAGCGAAGGGACGUGGUUCAGGCUGAUGCAUUGAUUUGUCCAAAGUGUGGGCAGCUCGCUGCAGCAUAGUGUUUUCUGUGGAUAUA